AACGCAGCUUCAAACAGCUAAACCCUGAAAAGCCUACCAGAACAUUAGAGCAUCACACGAAGUCCGAUUCGAUCCUCUCAAGAGUCUUCGAGUCUGAGAGAGGAAAGAGAUGCAGGUACUUGCGCGGAAUCUAGUUCGGAGAGUAUCAAGAACUCAGGUCAUUAGUCGCUAUGCAUAUUCAACUCAAAGGGUCAGAGACAUUGGUCAGCCAACUCCAGCAUCUCAUCCUCAUUUAAUGGCGGAAGGAGAGAUCACACCAGGAAUAAGAAUUGAUGAAUACAUUGGUAGAAGGAAGAAACUUGUGGAGCUUCUCCCUGAGAAUAGCUUAGCCAUCAUUUCUUCAGCCCCCGAGAAAAUGAUGACAGACGUUGUUCCAUAUACGUUCAGACAAGAGGCUGACUAUUUGUAUCUAACUGGCUGCCAGCAGCCAGGUGGUGUGGCUGUUUUAAGUAAUGAUCGCGGUUUAUGCAUGUUUAUGCCAGAGUCAACUCCUAAGGAUAUUGCUUGGCAAGGAGAAGUUGCUGGAGUUGAUGCAGCGUCUGAGUUCUUCAAGGCAGACCAAGCAUAUCCGAUAAGCAAAUUACCUGAGAUUCUUUCAGACAUGCUAAGACAUUCUUCAAAAGUGUUUCAUAAUGUUCAAACUGCCUCGCAAAGAUACACAAACUUGGAUGAGUUUCAAAAGUCCGCAUCUCUUGGCAAAAUGAAAACUCUUUCAAGUUUAACACAUGAGCUGAGGUUAAUUAAAUCACCUGCGGAACUCAAAUUGAUGAGAGAGUCUGCAUCUAUUGCUUGCCAGGGUCUUCUGAAAACAAUGCUACAUUCAAAGGGGUUUCCUGAUGAAGGCAUCUUAUCAGCCCAAGUUGAAUAUGAGUGCCGGGUAAGAGGUGCUCAGCGAAUGGCAUUUAAUCCUGUAGUCGGUGGCGGUUCAAAUGCUAGUGUUAUUCACUAUUCACGAAAUGAUCAGCGAAUAAGAGAUGGUGAUCUUGUCUUGAUGGACAUGGGUUGCGAGUUACAUGGUUAUGUUAGUGAUCUUACUCGGACAUGGCCUCCUUGCGGAAAAUUCAGUUCUCUUCAGGUUGGUGUCGCUGCUAUCUCCAAUUUUUACCUUCUUUUGUCUGGAUAUUCAAACUUCUUUACUUUUGUGCUUGCCGUUGGUGUUUGGAUGGUGCAACUGAGAGAUAGGACUUUACUUACUAUGUCAUACUCUACUACCAGAUUUCUUGCUCUUUCUGAGAUGUACGUUUCGUAGACUAGCUGUUUUAAU